UUGUGUACACGUAUUCGGCUUCAUGGGCUGGACCGCGAGUGGGAAACUAGCUAAUCUUAGCUAGCUUGGAAGUAGUAAUUUCUCUAGGCGAAGCUUGGAACGGAACACCUUCAACGCGAGGUGUUUUAAAAGCGUUUUUUUUAUAGUAAAAUUGAAAACUUACUUUCGUGCAUGGGAAGUAGACGACAUUUGUUGUUUUCGGCUGAAAACGCUUCAAGGUGGCGACAGACAAGGUUGCUGGUAAGCUGAGUUCUACUCUCUCAUGGGUAAAGAACUCUGUGUCGCACACGGUCAGUCAGAUGGCUAGCCAGGUGGCCACGCCCUCUUCCCUGCAGACCACUGCUACAUCCUCCUCCACAUCGCUCUCCUCACCUGCCCUCUCGCCAUCAUCACCUGCCCAGCUAAGCCCUGAUGAUGUGGAGUUACUCGCCAAGCUUGAAGAGCAGAACAGGCUGCUGGAGACGGACAGUAAGUCCCUGCGCUCAGUGAAUGGUUCCAGGCGAAACAGUGGCUCCUCCCUGGUCUCUAGCUCCUCUGCUUCCUCCAAUCUCUCCCACUUGGAGGAGGACACCUGGAUCCUCUGGGGACGCAUUGUCAAUGAGUGGGAGGAGGUGCGCAAGAAGAAGGAGAAGCAGCUUAAGGACCUUGUCAGAAAAGGGAUUCCUCAUCACUUUCGGGCAAUAGUGUGGCAGCUGUUGUGCAAUGCUCAGAAUAUGCCCAUCAAAGAUCAAUACUCGGACCUCCUAAAAAUGACUUCACCCUGCGAGAAGCUGAUUCGCAGGGACAUAGCACGCACUUACCCUGAACACGAGUUCUUCAAGGAGAAAGACAGCUUAGGCCAAGAAGUGCUCUUCAAUGUCAUGAAGGCCUAUUCUCUAGUGGACCGGGAGGUUGGCUAUUGUCAAGGAAGUGCAUUCAUUGUUGGACUGCUGCUAAUGCAGAUGCCAGAAGAGGAGGCAUUCUGUGUGUUUGUGAAACUGAUGCAGGACUACAGAUUACGAGAGCUCUUCAAACCCAGCAUGGCUGAGCUGGGACUCUGCAUGUAUCAGUUUGAGUGUAUGAUCCAAGAGCAUCUACCAGAGCUCCAUGUGCAUUUCCAAGCCCAGAGCUUUCACACCUCUAUGUACGCCUCCUCCUGGUUCCUCACCAUCUUCCUUACCUCCUUCCCUCUGCCUGUUGCCACAAGGAUCUUCGACAUCUUCAUGUGUGAGGGUCUGGAGAUUGUGUUCCGAGUGGGACUGGCCAUCCUGCAGAUGAACCACGCAGAACUAAUACAGCUUGACAUGGAGGGAAUGUUACAGCACUUUCAGAGGGUCAUUCCACACCAGCUUGACAGUGGACCAGACAAGGUCAUCCAGGCUGCUUAUCAAGUCAAGUACAAUGCAAAGAAGAUGAAGAAAUUAGAAAAGGAAUACACUACUAUCAAAACGAAAGAGAUGGAGGAGCAGGUGGAGAUUAAGAGGCUGCGAACAGAGAACAGACUCCUGAAGCAGAGGAUAGACACUCUGGAGAAAGAAAGUGCUUCCUUGGCAGAUAGAUUGAUACAGGGACAAGUGACUCGAGCCCAGGAGGCAGAAGAGAACUACCUGGUAAAGCGGGAGCUGGCCACAGUCAAACAGCAGAGCGAGGAGGCCAGUGCUCAACUGGAGCAGGCCCAGAAAACCAUCAGGCAGCUCCAGCAGCAGCAGCAGCCACAAGCGAAAGGAAACCUGCGAUACACUGAGGAGUUCAUCCUGCAAUUGGAAAGAGAGCUUGUGCAGGCCAGGCUCAAAGAGGCAGAAUCCCAGUGUGCACUCAAGGAGAUGCAAGACAAGGUCCUCGACAUUGAGAAGAGGAACACAUCACUACCAGAUGACACAAAUGUUGUGCGCCUUCAAGAGGAGCUGAUUGGGGUCAAGUUGAGAGAAGCAGAGGCUCUGACUGGCCUUAAAGAGCUGAGACAGCAGGUCAGAAACCUGGAGGACCACUGGCAGCGUCACUUGGCACGUACUGCUGGUCGCUGGAAGGACAGCCCCAGGAAGAACACCCUGAGUGAGCUGCAGGACGAGCUGAUGAGUGUGAGGUUGCGUGAGGCUGAGGCCCAGGCAGAGCUUCGGGAGACACGCCAGAGGAUGCUGGAGCUCGAAACCCAGAAUGAGAUUCAUAACAACCAGUUGCGCCGGGCAGAGCAGGAGGCGCGCAGACUACAGGAACAUGUACAGAUGCUGACAGUGCAAAAUAAAGAUGCACAUGCGCAACUGAAAGACAUCAAGCGGAGACAAGCUGAGAUUGAAUGCAAGAGCAAGGAGGAGGUAAUGGCAGUGAGGCUACGAGAAGCUGAUAACAUUGCUGCUAUGGCUGAGCUCCAGCAACAAAUCUCUGAGCUUGAGAUCCAGAAAGAAGAAGGGAAGGUCAAAGGCCAACUAAACCACACAGACUCGAGGCAGUACAUUCGCGAACUGAAAGACCAUAUAGCAGAACUAAACCAUGAGAUUUGCUGCUUAAAAGGGCGGAGGGGCUUGACCCACCAGCCCACUUUUGAUGGCAUCCACAUUGUCAACCACUAUGUCGGGGAAGAUGAGUCUUAUCACUCUUCAGAUGAAGAUGAACUAAAGGUGCCCACCCCCCCAGAAGCCCAACAGAGGGGCAGAACCAGCAGCCGCAUCCGACUGCAUCCCAACCUCGGGGACACUGACAGUGAAGGAGAGGAGGACGGGGACAACCUGCACAUCUCUGUAACCUCCAGUGGCAGCCAUAAGUCCACCAUGGUGUGACCUGUAUUAGCUGCCUGCCCGAGUCAGUUGAGGCUAUCGCUCACAGAGAGGUAGUGGGGCGUUCACGGUAGCCAUUCCAGAGGAGAAGUCUAGGUGUUGAACUCAAUUUCAGAAUGGACUGCAUCACCAUAUCAUCAUGAGAAUCACAACUAAAGGAUUUAUUUCUGUUGAUGUUAGCAUUAAUAACCCCACCCUGUUUUUUGUUUUUUUUUGGAAUGCAAACACUGACCUAGGUAACACAGACAGCAUCUUUCUGGACCCCAGCAGAGAAAGAAAACAUUGAAAUUGUACACAUAACCCAACUACAGAGCUGAAUGACAACAGGGGUAAGACGCCAUCUUGGCUGGGUGCUGUCACACAACUGACUUGUCCCUCGCCCCCUAAGCAAGGUACAACACAGAGAAAGAGACUGUGCAAUAAAAUAUUAUAUGCUUUAUGGCUCACUUCGUUAAAUUUGUUUUUAGUAUUUUUUUAUUGCAUUUUAAAUGAACAUUUACAUUUAUGGAUUCCUUUACUACAAAUGUCCAACUCAAAGAGGGAAACUAAUGAGUGGUUUGUCACUAAGUAGUUUUGAUGAGACUGGUGAAGAGCACAGUAUCAAAGAAAAAACGUAUACCAGCCAACGUGGACUUCAGCUAAUGACUUUUUGGCCUUAGGUGUGAUGUCACAUGCCCUCCAUUAGGGCUGGUGUAUCAAAAAGAUUAGGUGAAUUUUACAUAUGUGUAAAUAUGUAAAUGUAUUUGUUCGUUUUUUUGCAACUUCAUGUGGACUUGAAAAUAUGUAACUAAUGGAACUUUUGCCUAUCUAAUGUUUAGAAUGUAUUGUACAAUUCAAAUGAAAGGGACGUAUUACUAGAGUCUAAUAAGGCAUCAAGACCCCCACAUUUUCCACAAACAUGUACAGGUUAUUUACAAAUCCCACUUUACUUGAAAGGGUUUUGGGUAUUCCAAUCACAAUUGUCAACAUUUAUAUUUGCCCUAUAUCUGACAGUUGCAGCUUUAUUUUCCAGUUUGUUACUUUGUCAAAAUGGUGUUGACGUUCAUUAAGGGACGAAAUACAACUGCUGUUGCUUCGCUUUUAUGAGUAACGACACAUCAUAUGACUAUUAUCCUACCUGACGCAGCAUUCAGCGAGUACACAGUUCCUGCUGCUGUCAAGAUGCACAAAUGAGCAAUGUUGAUCGGAAGUGUGCUGUUAUAUCAGCAAGGAAACGUGUGACAGUCCAAGGGAACCCUUUAUGAGAAUGCAGUUUUAAUAACAUAACAUAGGAUACUUAAAAAAAGAAAACGUGAAGAAGAAAUGGAUUUUAUCGUUUAUGAAUGGCGUAUUAGGUGUUACCAAAGUAGGCACUAUGUUGUGCUCAUCCACAGGCCAGCUUCACUCCGUUUGCAAAACUAAUGUUUUUAUGUUUGUUUGUCUCCCAAGUGGCCAGAACACUAAAGCCAACCGCUCCAUUUUCAGUGAUAACAAGGUGGAAGUGUGCAUGUGUUAGAUUUGAACCACAGUCUUGAUUAGUCUUGGCUGUCAAAUUGCAGAAAGCAGAGAGGGUCACCGCUUGGGAUUGGUGAUAAUAAUGUGACCGUUUUGUUUGUUUGUUUGGGAGAGCAGUACAUUUAUGGCACUAUGGCACUGGAGUAUGCAGUAUGUACCCAUCAACCAUUAAUGUUAAUCUAUGGGACAGCACACUCUGAAAACAAUGAGGAUGUGUGUGUGUGUGUGUUUGUGUGCGUGCGUGUGUGUGUGUGUGUGUGAUGACUUUAUAAUAAACUGA